AUGAAUCGGAGGUGCUCCGGGUGCAGCAAAAAUGGUCACAACUCCAGAACAUGCCCUUAUUACUCAUCCUCUGCGUCUCGCACCACCGUUACUACAGUGAAGCUCUUUGGGGUGCGGCUCUCCAUGACCCACGGAUCAGGAUCAUGCUCCGCCGCAUCACCCAAUCAUAACUCUCCUUUCUCACACUACUCCUCUGACGGUUACGUGUUGGAUAGUGAGCCAUCAACCCCUGCUGCCACCAUCAACUGCCACCAUCCUCCUCCUUCCAUAAACAAAGGCAUUCCAUGGAGCCAAGAAGAACAUCGAUUGUUCUUAAUUGGAUUGGAGAAAUUAGGAAAAGGAGACUGGCGUGGAAUAUCUCGAAAUUACGUUGUAUCACGAACGCCAACUCAGGUAGCAAGUCAUGCUCAGAAAUACUUUAUCCGGCUGCGGCAGAGCAACGCCACGCCGCGAAAACGACGAUCAAGUCUUUUCGACAUGUUCAAAAAUUUGGCUUCGAAUUCGCCUUCACUAAAAGAAGAACAAGUAUUACUUCAACCUUCUAAGAACUCACAACUUAGCAAUGUGGAAGAAGAGCUCAAUGAAACUAUAAUGGUAUCGAAUGAAGCCACACCAGCGUCACCGCUUCCCGGAUUCUUCCGGCCGCCUUAUCCGGCUCUCCCAUUUUCCUCAUGGCCAUCAAGUGCCUGUUCCUUUGGAGAAGCUACCCUAAUCUUAGAUGGAAGGCCAUUGCAUUAGGUGUUGGUAUUUAGUAAUAUGUUUUUUUUUGGGGGGGGGGGGGG